GGCAUUCUCGAACAAUUUGAUGGCAUGAUGGCGCAGUCCAAGGGUCAGUUGCGCCAAUCCAAGCAACCUCUGGCAGUUCCGUCAAAACCAGCCCGUACGGCACCCACUGGUCCCAACAUGGACUUAUUGCGGGCGUCAUUCUCCAGUGUGCAGCUAACAUCCAGCAGUAUCCCUCCAGCUGGCGUGGUGGCCACGCCACUCCAGCCACCAAAGCUGAAUCCGAACGCUGCUGCAUUUACACUACCACUUCCCACCACCACAUCAUCUUCAGUACCACCCCCAACGUCCUCCAACGGCGUUCCUCGAAAACCUCGCGCGCCACCACGUCCAAAAAUCACUCGGACAUCUCGACAGUCAACUCCUGGUGCUCCUACGUCCACAACGACAUCAAAGACAGAUGAUGGUACGCCAGACAAGUCCAAGCGUCGCGCGAACGUCCUCAAAGAUGGGUCCCGUACUGUGAUCGGUCAACGGAAGCGCUCUCAGUCGAUUUCGUCGACGACGACCCCUUCGCCGGCCGUCGCCUCUACCAACGUCCUUCCCAGCACGACCAGCCUCCCCACACCUCCCAAGUCAUCCAAAAGGCCACCCCGACGAAAGCUCCAGAUUGCCAGACGGCCUCGAAGCAACAGCAACGGCGGCAGCGGGUCUGGCUCCGAGUCCGACAACGACAACAACGACGACAUGUACCCCGAGCCCGUCACGCAAGCCAAGCAGAGCGCAUUCACAGAUCGAUUGGCGCUCUCUGUGCCUCAAAAGCGCAUUCCGAAACGGGUCACGCGAGAAGCCGUGGUGGACACUGUCUUCACAGCCCUCUUCGCCCCCCGUCACAGAGGUUUCCAUGCUCCGAAUGACGACAACACAGGCAGCGAGUCGGACACGUCCACCCCCAACGAGACAUUUGUCAAGCGCGGACUUGCCGCUACGCUGUUUAAAGAUGGCGUGCGGUUGAAUCUAGACACAAAGCAUACGUCUCCGCUGGACCAGUACAUCACCCCCACGCUCAUUCACUCGCUGAUCACGGACAUGCGGUUCGAAGACUUUCGCACGUCCAGCGCCCGGCUGCACAUCCUUCGCGCGAUCCACAAGCAUGUUCCAUCUCGUCGGCUGCAUAUUGCGCAGGCAUUGGUGGAUGCCACGUCACUGCGGUUGCAAUACGUCCAAUCGGUGCACGCGUACGCGUACGCCACGGGCAAGGAGCUCAAGGGCCUGUCGAUGACUAGUACUACUACUAGUAGUAGUAGCUCGUUUGACCACGGCCACAGCUGGACCGAGUUUCUACGGUAUGCAAUCGAACACGUGGCGAUGGCGGGUGAAAGCGCUUCGAUUUUGACCAACUACGCGCGAUCGUGGGUUCAUCUGUGCAAGUGCCACUACUUGGACACCCACGGCACUGACAGCGACGACCUGCUGGGGGUCGCCGGCCAGUUCGUCGCGUAUGUGCCCCAUAUGGCGUGGGACUUGAUCCGGCGACUGCUCGUGCAUGGAUGGCCGGUGAGGGUGCCAUCCCAGCAGAUCUUUGCGAUCCGAGCUCUGGCGCGGCUGAUGAUGGCGGCGCCGCGCUUAUCAGGUCCGGCGCGAGAUGCAACUCUGCCGCUGGUGUUUCGCCGACUGGCGCAAUGCAUGGCCGCGCCCCAUGUGGCAGUUGCCAAGGAAGCGCUGGCAUUUGCUGGCUGCCAGUUUGUUCUCGUGCACUUUGUCCAGGGCUCGACCGAUUUGUACGCGGUGGUAUCCAGUGCGUUUUACAAGGCAUCCACUCUGCACUGGCACGACAGCAUUCGAACGCUUGCUGCGACCCACUUUGACGACGUUUUAGAUUUUGCCCCAUAGCAACUACCUACUUAGUAAGUAGUACACAAUAUAGAACCUAGAAUACUACCCAAGAAUACUGCAAAGAAACCAGACCGCCAUAUAUAUAUAUAUAUAACGUUAUA